ACUCGCUUAUAAACUCUUGAAAGGCUUUCUUCCCCAUUCUGCCUCACAUCUGCAGUUCAAAUAAUCUGAUCAACUGGUCUCCCUUGUCAGAAAGAGAGAGAAAACUUGGCUGACAGUUACAAUUUAUAGUUAACGUUGACAUCCGGGUUGGGUUUGUUGGUUAGCUCGCUUUGCUGACUUGUGUUCAUGUAAAUUUCACCCGGAAAAAGACGAGCGAAACAGACAAAACUUUGUGUUUAAUCUGCCGUUUGAACCCGCUGCGGAAAACAAAAGAGUCGGAUUUUAUUUUUUUUUGGAAAAAAAUCCGUGUUUGAACUCUGCAUUUUGCUCACAGGCUUGUGCAGUGUUGCUAGGCUGCGUGCAACAGAUUCUCCUGGUUCUCGCCUGUGUGAUGUUUAAUGAGAAUAGAAAUGCCAUAUGUGGAUCGACACAGUCGUGUUUGUGGGUUCCUAGACAUUGAAGAAGUCGAAGGCAGCGGGAAAUUUCUGAGGCGGUAUUUUAUAUUGGACACUUCGGACAAUGCGCUGUUGUGGUACAUGGACAACCCACAGAAUCUACCACCUGGAACCCAAUGUGUAGGCAGCCUGCAGUUACCUUACAUCUCCAAGGUCAGUGAAGCUACUGCAAAGCAGAAACCAAAAGUCGAAUUUUGUUUUGUCAUAAAUGCAGGCCUACGUCGCUACUUUUUACAAGCCAAUGAUAAAAAUGAUUUACUCGACUGGGUUGAUGCCUUAAACAAGUCAUGCAAAAUUACAGUGCCAAAGGGUAAUGCAAAUGACCCACAACCCAGUGCUGAGCCAAAAAGACCAACAACAGAAAGCCAGAAGCAGCAGAUCCCAUACAAGACUGAAAUCAUUGGAGGGGUAGUGGUGCAGACACCCAUCAGUCAGGUGAAUGGGGGCGAAAAUCAAGAAGCUGCUGAAUCGGCUACACAUAGUGGCUUGAAACGUUCCUUAAGCCACAUUCCAGUGUCCGGAAACAAGCAAACAUUAGGACCUCAGGUUUUGAAAAGUGGGUACUGUGUGAAACAGGGCAUUGUGAGAAAAAGCUGGAAGAGGAGAUACUUCACACUGGAUGAAAAUUUUUUCAGUUACUUCAAGUGUGAAUUGGAAAAAGAACCACUUCGAGCAAUACCACUUAAGGACAUACAAAAAGCUCAGAACUGUAGUUGCAGUCAAGCACUGAUGAGGGACAAUCUGUUUGAAAUAGUCACAACAUCUCGAACUUUCUACAUUCAGGCAGAUAGUCCUGAGGAAAUGGAAAGCUGGAUGAAAGCCAUCAAUCAGGCAAUCAAGGCACUCAAGUGUUCGAACAAUCCCACAGCUCCGGUUCAAUCCGCUUUCAUCAGCAGAACCUCUUCAUCGCAACCACUUGAUUCCCUGACUGCAUCAAACCCAUCCUGUUCAGUGUCGUUAUGGCCUCAGUUCAGUUCCAAGCCCCAAGGAGAAGAAAAACGACCUCUCUCCAAGUCUACCUCUGUGGUAUCGUCAUGGCAGCCAUGGACCCCUGUGCCAGGUGCUGGUGAGCCACCUAUGUCUCCAGUAGAGGAGGUGAGCAGGAAUGAGAGUGCCCUGAAAGCACCAUCUGAAGUAUGCAAACCACAGCUGUCAAUGAAGGAAGAUGUGAAUGGUCAGGGGAAGCGCCGCAGACACAGGUCACAACCUGCACCCAAAAAGGAGCAUCAAUUUGAGUACAACGUUGAUGAUGAUGGCAUCCGAACAACAGAUGUUUAAUGACAGUAAACUUGUCUUUUCCCAUUGUUUGUUUUAUCUAGGAUUAGUGACUCAAGUAGUUUUCGUUUCGGAUAAAAGUGCCUGCUUGUAAACAGCUUAGCUUGCCAGUGUCCUUGCUGAAGCUUCAUUAUUGAGUUAAGUCAGGAAACAGUGUUGGAGACUGAAGGUUCAAGAAGGGCAGCAAUAUCAUAUUUUUGUGUGGCUGCCCUGUACAUUUCCAUUCUUACUUGAUCCAACAGGAUAACAACAUGGCUGAGCUCUGGUAACUGAAAUGCAAGCUACCAAAGGGCCCAAUACAACCUAGCACAGCCAAUGGGUCUCUGUGAUACACUGAUGAUGAGGAAUGUAUUAAAAUUAGUGCAACUUUUACAUUCCUGAGGUGUAGCUGAGCCCUUUAUGCACAUUUGUCACUGAAACACUGGAAAACACAGAAGCACAGAUAUAUGCUGCAACUUUCCAGCCAUUGAGGAAAAUGGAAUUUGGAUUCUGCAUUCCUUAAUUGCGACAAUUAGCUGUGUUAUUUGCAGUUCUAAAAUCUUUGUUGCUGCCUUUCUGUAAAUGGACAUGGGUCAACUUCUCAAGGAAGAAGUGCAUCAAGAAAAGAGCUGUUCCAGUCCCAAAAUCAUCAUGUCCUAUACCUGCUAUUUCCUUCCUCAGGCAAGGCACGGGACCAGCAUUAGUUUUAGCCUAGUGUUCCCUGCACUGUUCCUCCGGAAGCAUUUCUAAUUUACUGAUCAGUAGGCCUUGUCCUCCCACUUUUCUACAUAUUAUUAAGGUUCAGGCAGAAACCAUCACUGACAUUGCAAAUGAAAACAGCUCCAAAGUGUCUCAACAUAAUGUGUGACUCAGUUCAAUAACCUCUCUAGGAUAGAGAACGCAGCCAGUGAAAAAUUGCAGUAACGCAUAAUCAGCUGCAAGGCUAAUACUUAAUUCCAUUCUCAACUAAUUUGUGCUGUUUGGGGCAAGUUUGUUUGCAUAAGAAAGAUCAAGUCGGGAAAUAAAAGAGCCAGAAUUAUCUCUUUGUUAUUUACUGCCUUUGAGGAGGAUAGCAUGGAUGUCAAGAGAAGUUGGGGCGGUGAGAAUUAUAAAGCAAAGUUUGGCAGUCGAUUAUAUUCAGGGUGAGGAAACGGUUUGUCCAGAUUCAAAUUACUGACCUUGCUGAGAUACACUGAAGUGAGGAAUGUCAAGUAUGGUUUGGAUCUUGUCAUGGCCCAGAGAAUAACUGUCCUGCCAAUGAUCUCUGCUGAGGUUUGCACAUCAAAAGUCCUCUGCAGGAUGAGGCACUGUUAAAUUGCUAACUUUAUACCUCAACAAAGAGUUUCCAGGAGAAGAGGGCAGAGAAUCAGAUUUGAGAAAGGAAAUAAAAGUAAACAUUGUGUAGAUUGAUGACUGACUUUACUAGAGAUGAUAGAAUGCUAGUUUCAUGCUGAUCUUUCAACUUGGUGGGCUUUAUUGAAUAAAGAACUUUACAGUACAGAAGGAGACCAUUUUAUUGCGUCUGGACUGACUUCUAAAAGCUAGUCCCAUUCUCCAGCCCUAUCUCCGUGGCCUUCUAAAUUCACCACUCUGAAAUAUAUCCAGCUCUGUUUUGAAACCUCCUGUGGAUCCACUUUCACCAUUUUCCCAGGAGCACAUUCCAAAUCCUAACAAUUCUUUGAAUAAAGCAGCUUCUCCUCAUCUCACUCCUUGCUCUCUUGCUGACAAUCUUGAAAUUAUAAUGUCUAGUUACUGACAUACCAACUUGUGGAAACAGAAUACCCUUCUUUACCUGGUCAAAAUUGUUUCUAAUUUUGAACAUCUCAAUAGGGUCUCCUCUUAAUAUUCUGUGCUGCAAAGAGAAUAAGCUCAUUUUCUCUCACCUUACCUUGUAUCAAAUAUCCCUGAUUCCUGGUAUCAUUCUAGUAAACCUCCUUUACACUCCCACAAGCACUUUAACGUCCUGCCUUAAAUAAGGUGCCCAGCUCUAAACGUAAUGUUUCAAAUGUGGUCUGACCAAUGAUUUGGAGGGGUGUAGCAUCACUUCCUUGCUUUUAUACUCAAUGACUCUAUUUAUAAACCCAAGGAUCCUAUCAGCUUUCUGAACAACUGUUUCAACUUGCGCGGCUACCUUCAGAGAAUCAUGCAAAUUAUUUCUGCUUCCAGUUUCCCAAUUUUGUUCACUACUCUUCAUGCAUUUACAUACAGAGAAUUUAACUCUGCCUUUAUCUUCUUCUUGCCCAUUGGAACACAACCAUUUCACUGUUCACUAUUUUUUAAUUCAAAAAUGUACUUUCUAUCAUAAAAAUCUUUAUGUACAUACAUAGUUACUAGAGUAGUUUGAUUCUGUACACAGUCAUUACAGAUACAGAAAAAACAAACCCAAUGUGUUUCUUACUUACAGUAAACUAUUUGCACAUGUUUCAGGCAUGAGGAGGGCCGGUGAACUGAACGGUUCCCCAUUUAACUUCAGCAGAAAGACCUUAGAUGGUGGUCGUUUCCUCUGUGUUUUGCUGACAGCUGCCCCAAGCUUUUGUGUAUCCCUUAGCACCACCUGCAACAGUUGGUUGAGGUCAACUCCUUCCUCUGGAUGACCAGCAAGUUGUGGGAAGACUAAAGAGCGCCUUUCACUGAAUUGAUGGUCCUCUAGGCACAGAUGAUGUUUUUCUCAGUAUACAUCCUGAGGAACAGACUGUAGAGCAGACUCCUGCAUUUUGGAGCUGCUCGGGACGAACAUCGACAAAAGUCACUGAAAACCACCCAUGCACAAACUCCACACACACAGUUGUUCAAGGUCUAACUGAACCCAGGUCCCUGGUGCUGUGGGGCAGCAGUGCUAACCACUGAGCCACUGUGCCCCUGUAUAAUCAUUUACCAAUUUAAAUUUUAAAUCAAAACAGUAACAGAAGUUUUAUUUUUCUUUAUUAAGCUCUAUGUGUCAAUGUAGUCAAUGUAAUGCCCUCCAACGCAAACUCACAAAUGUCUGAAAGUACCAUUCACCAAACGUUUGUUACUUCUGAUUACACUAUGGGGUACGCAGGCUCAGCAUCAAGGUUUUUUUUAACCUUAAGUUGAAUGCUAGGAUUUGGCACUAAAAACUGUGGAAGUAAAUACACAAAGUAGAGUGGAGUGAAAAGAGAUAUGUGUCUUUUUUGGUGAUGAUGGCUUGAGAGUUGGAUAUGAUGUUUGCUCAAAGAGCUGACAUGUAGAGGAGUACACACUUGGAUAUACAGUAAUCUGUAUAUUGAUUUUCCACCUCCACACCAAUAACGUAUUGGAUUUCCAAAUACACUGCCCAGGCAUUGUCCAAAGGCAGUGGUGGGGUGGGAUGUAAGAGUUCAGCUUAGUUCUUACACUUGACCAGUGCCCAGUCCCCCAACCCACAUGUAGACAUGAGAUGAAUUAUAUUAUGGUACUACCCAGGAUAAACAGUUGUGACUUUUGUUUCAAGUUUAGUCUGACUCCCACUUGGCUCAGGUGGCACCAUUGCAUCAAUUGACAACUUCAGACAAGUAAGUUAGAAUGGAUGAAGAAGAUGGGAAUGACUUUGUAUUUCUGUGAACCGUAGAACCUUGAAGUGUAGAAGGAAGUUAUUUCGGCAAGUCUGUCUGUCCACUUUCGUUGUAACCUCAUUUUGUUUUCCUCAUAGCUCAACAUAAUAAUCCUGUUCAAGCAUGGUUCCAAUUGCCUUUUGGAAGCUCCUGAUGAAUCUGUUUCCAGCUCCCCUUCAGAGGGUAUGUUUAAGUUCUGACCCGUCCUCAGUGUGAAGAAAUUUGUCCUCUUUUUCCCAAAGCAUCUUGUGUUUCUCUGCAAAUUCACUCUUGACAAAUUCCUGUGGGGAAGUCAUAAUUUCUGUGUCUUUCCUACAUGGAACCUUUAACCUAUAUUUUGGUGUACGCUUACUAGGGCUUUCUGUUGCUGUGGGCAGAGAGCUGAUGAUAAACCAUAAACCUUUGUGAACAUCCGCAUUUUGAAUGUGGAAUAUCUGGUACCUAAAGUUUCUGAGCUUUUCUGUUUCAAUGAGAUUGUCUGAAUAAACUUUCCCAAGAAAGGAGCAUGAGGAGGGGUAGGUGUGCUCAAAACCAAACAGUCACGAACUACAACUUCUCAGCAUGCUGAUUUCAGUCAAAAUUAAAUGCCUCAGUGUGUGACAAUGUCAUUUAAGACUGGGGAUAGUAAAGGUUGUAUCAACAUGAUUCCCCAAUGAUUAACCAGUUAUGACAUGUAAAGUUCACUUAACUCAAUUCACCAUUCAAUUCGAUAUUUGUGGUUGUAGUCUGUUUGUAAAGCAUUUCAGUUCUGCAGUAAGCUUCAGAAUGUACUCCUGCAAAAUACAUUGCUGAUCAACGAGGGUGGGAGCUCUGUAUUUGCCAUCCCUUUGUUAUGGGAGUGGCCACAGUCCUAAUUAACGGAGUCUCUGCAGUUGUACCAAUGAAAUAGUUAUCGUAGAACAUUAUGAUCCCAUUUUUCUCUUUAGAUUUGAGAAAUUGGGGAUUGUUUUGACUGGGUAAUGAUGUAAAAUGGAGUCGGCAAAUUGGCAGCUUGCAUUUCGUCUUGAUCCCUCAUUAAAUUCUUUGUAAUGAAAAUGGGGCAAUGGGACAAUGAGCAACCAACUCACCAAGACCAAUUUAAUACGACGGAUGAAGUAAAAACCACCUAUCUUCCUUUAAAAAGGGACAAAGAAAACUGAAUCUGCCAUCUCUGAUUUAUCUAAAAUUAAAUAUUCAAAAACAAGAUAAGAUUUAUUUUUCUGUGUUGUAACACCCAAACACUAAAAUAGAGAUGCACCUACAUGCCCAGCUGAGAUCUUAACAUUUACGUGCUUUCUGUCUGAACUACUGAUAGAUUUGAUUUGAAUGUUAGGACUCGAAAUGGCAACCUCAGGAAUGUGAAGCAGUUUAUAAAGGGCACUGGUGCUCCUUAUCUAUCCUGACCAAAAUCUCAGCAAUGGAACAAGGAAUGAAAUCUGAACAAGCAAAUGCUGGAAUUUGUGCAGCAUGAGAGAAUGUGCAGACUGUUGACGCUUUUGUCUUUCAUGUCUAGGCUGCUGAACAUUUCUUUCAUUUCUCACUUGACCAGGUGUUGCUUGGUGUCAGUGAUUCCAAGCCAGAUUAUCGAUUUAUAGAUAAAUCUACAUGAGCUGAAAGACUUGUGGUUAUUAAUUCUCUCCUCAUUCUUUGGGAAUGAUUCAAGAAUUGCAGGAAAGUAGCUGAUUUAGGUGUGCCUGCCUCCUGAAAUGGGCAGGUCAAGGUAACAGUUAUCUUUUAUCAAAGUUUUAUAAUGAAUGGAAAGGAAAAUAUGGUUCCAAAAUUUAAACUAAUAAAAAUUAGCUGUGUCUCAAAUUACCACUGUGCUUCAUAGCUAUCCUGAAGUCAUGGUUACUAAGAUAAAUACUUGAGAUAAUUUGUUCACUUUUGAAGUUGCAAUUUGGCCACGUAAAGUAUGAUGAUAUAUGAAUAUCAAAUUCAGAGCAAAGUGACUUUCAUUAUUGUGUUUUUAGCAAGUCAUGCAUAUCUCAUCUCUGUUGUCCUCAACAGAUAAAAGACCAGGCAAAGCAAUACCUGUUUUUACUUUAUAACUGAACAAAGCUGAGAAGCCUUUCAGCUUCUAGACUUUACAAGUUAUUUUAUUCAUACAUGAGACCUGAUUCAGAAAUGCCGAUGGUUUUUUGUUUCCACUUGGUCAGGAAUAAAUGGUUCAAGAGUCUCAGCAACAUUGCAUUUGUGCAUGAUUCUAUUCACAAAAUAAAAAUUAGUUGCUCAUACCCAAUGAAAGGUGUAAUAUCAAAUCGACUGCAACUCAUUGAAAAUAAUUGCUUGCUGAACCCAAUCCCAUAUGCAAGAACUAUGCAAGGCAAAUGUGUGGACUUGAAAGGACAGUGUGGCCUUGAUGCUUGGUCGAUAACUGAUAAUUUAGGAAAAGUGAGUAAUGCACGUGUACUUUUAGUAGCGAUGAUUAAAGCUUAUGAGAGUGGUAUUUCUAAAAGAAUAUACACCUUGGUUAAAAUUAUGGAAUAUUUUCAAUACUGCCCCUCAAAAACAUUACAAAGAUUACAAUUUUGGACUCGAGCCACCAAGUAGGUGGUCGUGCAUGUGGUCUGGUAGGCAAUUAUUGUUACUGUAGAAAAUCUUCAAUUUAUAUUUUGCCAAACAGCAUAAAAGGCUUUUUGCAAGGAAGUUAAAGGUGCCUUAAUUAGGCCAAAAAUUAAAGCAUUCAAAUGGAUUUACCCCGUUUAUCAGGCUCAACUACACUGUGAAUUUAAAACAGAUAUGCUGAAAGGUGAAGAUCAGUGCACAUUGUUUUAAACCGAUUUCUUUUAAGAAACAUUGUUUUGGUGAAUUCUUUGGUUAUCUUUCCAUUCCCAGCCUGAUUCUGUAGCUAUUUUUGCUUGGUUGACAUUACAUCAACAUUUUCUGGGUCUCAAUCUCCAUGUGUGCACAGAUCAAUGUUAAGUUUUUCAGUUCUUCUCUGAUGUUGUUCCAUUGUAACAUUUCAAAAAAGUUUAAAAAAUUGGAGGAAAAGUGUGACUGUAACCAAUUUGUACAUGUUUAUUUGGUAUUUUGUGCUCAGGCACCAAGCAUUAUAAAACAAACUUGUGUUUUCUUUAACUUAUGGACUACCCCAAUCUAAUAUGGGAGGUGGGUAAGGGAAACAUCUAGAUCAUUGAGAAUGGCAAGAAAAAAAACCUAUCAUCCAGACAAACAUAUUCUGCUGUAAUUCAGUGGUGACCGACAAUAACCAAUUGCUCCUGUAAUUUUGAUAAAUUUCAUUGCGAAUGGAUGCAUAGGUCAGUAGCAUUUGUUGAACUUAUGUUGCAUUAAACAAUUUCAAAUUUU